CCUGAAGAGGACCAAAAGCUGAUUUAUGCUGGGAAGCUGCUGCUUGAUCAUCAUUAUCUGAGAGAGUUGCUGCCAAAGCAUGGGGAGUUGCAUGCUCUUCAUUUGGUGUACAACUCGAAGGCUCCUGCAAAUGUGGAAGAAACCAGUGCAGAGGUUAAAGCUGCUCAGCCAAAGUUACUGUCAGAAGCUGGUCAAGAGCCAUCUGUAUCUUCUUCAAAUGGUGAAAGGCUGAGAUGCUCUUCUGGUGGCCAGUCUUCAGCAGAAACCAGUAAUAGGCUGGAAACAACUCGGCAUCCCUUCCAAAGUGUGCCUCCUGGCUUCUCUGCUUAUACAACCUACAGCAUGCUUCAGAUGUCCUGGCUUCAGCAGAUUUAUGCGAGGCAAUAUUACAUGCGAUACUUGGCUUCUACUGCUGCAUCUGCUGACCCGUCCCGUGCACGGCGUUCUCAGGAGAUACCAGUGGCACCAGUGACACCUCCGGCUCCUCUCCCUGACCCAUUUCCUGCACAAAAUCAGCCUGGAAACCAGAACGCUGCUGCCCAGGUUAAUGCAGCAGCCAACCAGAACUUGGGGAUGAAUGCCCAAGGGGGUCCUCUCAUGGAGGAGGAGGAGGGUGGCAAUCGAGAUUGGUUGGACUGGCUCUACUCAGCAACACUCUUCUAUGUUUUUGUCAACAUUAUCUACUUCUACUCCAGUGUCAGCAGAUUCCUUCUGGUUAUGGGUGGCACUGUUCUGAUGUAUCUGCACCGUGUUGGAUGGCUUCCAUUUAGGCGAAGACCAGUUCAGCCCUUCCCGGGAAAUGCUCCUCCUCAAGCUGCUGUAAACCAGGACCAGAACAAUAACUUACAGGGGGAAAAUGCAGGCAGAACAGAUGAAUCUGAAGCAUCUCCUGAUGAGGGACAAGUUUUACAAGAACUGCAGCAGGCUAACCCCUCAUUUAUGAGCACAGCAUGGGUUUUUUUCAAGACUUUCUUUGCAUCCCUCCUUCCAGAAGGGCCUGGAAUGACCCACAACUGA